UAACUGGUCGGCCCUUCAGGGUAUUUAGCCUGGAUACUGGGAGGCUAAAUCCAGAGACGUACCAGUUUUUUGAAACCGUUGGGAAGCACUAUGGCAUUCACAUUGAAUACAUGUUCCCUGAUGCUGUUGAAGUUCAAGGACUGGUGCGAGGCAAAGGAUUAUUCUCAUUCUAUGAAGAUGGCCACCAGGAGUGCUGCAGAGUAAGGAAGGUUAGGCCUUUAAGGCGGGCCCUUAAGGGUCUCCGUGCCUGGAUCACUGGGCAGAGAAAAGAUCAGUCUCCUGGCACAAGGGCUGAGAUUCCAGUUGUCCAGCUGGACCCAUCAUUUGAAGGAAUCGAUGGUGGAAUUGGCAGCUUGGUCAAAUGGAAUCCUGUUGCCAACGUAGAAGGCCCUGACAUAUGGAACUUCCUCCAAGUCAUGAACGUUCCUGUCAAUCCUUUGCACUCACAAGGUUACGUUUCAAUUGGAUGUGAGCCAUGCACAAGGCCAGUUCUACCAGGGCAGCAUGAAAGGGAAGGAAGAUGGUGGUGGGAGGAUGCUGAGGCGAAGGAGUGCGGCCUCCAUAAAGGAAACAUUAAAAAAGAAGAGGCGCUACACCUCAAUGGCAAUGGAAAUGAGAUUUCAGCAACAAAUGGGAGUGCAAAUGUCCCAGAUAUCUUUAACAGCAAGACCUUGGUUUCCUUGAGCAGGACUGGGAUAGAGAACCUGACUAGAUUGGAAAACCGAAGUGAACCUUGGCUUGUUGUGCUUUAUGCACCUUGGUGCCGAUUCUGCCAGGCAAUGGAAGGAUCAUAUAUUGAGUUAGCAGAGAAUCUAGCAGGGACAGGAGUGAAGGUGGGUAAGUUCAGGGCUGAUGGGGAACAUAAGACAUAUGCACAACAAGAGCUGCAGUUAGGGAGCUUUCCAACAAUAUUGUUUUACCCCAAGCACGCAUCAAAGCCCAUCAAGUAUCCAUCAGAGAAGAGGGAUGUUGCGACAUUAUUGGCUUUUGUGAAUGCCCUCCGCUGAGAACUAGAUGCAUCCUCAUCCGCAUCCUCACCUGAUACCCUAUUACCGGAAAGCACCAGUGCAAGGAACUGCUGGUGUUAAGUCUUAGGCAGAGUUAGGCAGAGUUAGGCAGUUAUCUUGAGGUUAUGGUGUUUUGAGUAAUAUAACCCUGUAAAGUAAAUAUGGUGUGAGAUCAAUCAUCACGUCGAUCUCUGCUGCACGUUUUGCUGAAUAAAAACGAUGGUUGUCUUCAUUAGAA